CUAAAGGGGCUCUUUGGGGCCACUUACAACAAGGUGCUCAUCAUAUCUUCCUACCCAAGGUAAGCUGUGGCCUUUUAUUUUGGCAUAGAAUGUGUGUGUGUGUGUGUGAUUUUGAAAUUGAGUAUAUCUGAAAGUUACAUUCUGUUCUUUGAAAUAAAUAAUCCAUAAUACUGUACCAAAUAACUUAGCAUAAAUGUGGUCCAACCCCUGCCUCUUGCAGAGCCCCCCUACUUUGGGUUCAGGGAAAGUUAUGUUACACAAGUGGAUGCAAAAUGUUCUGAUUACACUGAAUGAGAAAUCUAUGUGCAGUGCAUUCCAUCACAUAAAAGUCCAUUAUCUUGUAAAAACUUGUUUGGCCAUGUCCAUUGUGGCUCACACAAAGGUUGGUGUCAGGUGAAGGGAGGGAUCCCACUUUGGUUCAAGUGUACACAAUGACUACAACAGUGGCGGUCAGUGAAGUUUAAGAUGAGGGAGGACAACAUUUAUUUUUCAUGAGCAUUGUCUUAUUUCUAUUAUAGCAUAUUGGAUGACUAUCAUUCAUAUUCCAUUCACCCAGUUCAAUGUAACAGAGAUAGGUUAAGGCUACUACAAUUUUCUCUACACCCAUCAUGAGGUUUCUACAACCUAGCCUAUGAAUUAAAGUUUACAACGUAGGUGCACACAGGUUGAGAGAAAAUGUUGAGGCGACAGACAGCGACACAUGGACAGACAGUGACACAUUCAAUACCGCCUUGCACACUCUUGCCUGCAUCUAGCUGAUCUAGGGUGUAAUCAUUAGUCCAACAGUUGCAAACCAGAGUUUUUAUUGGACAGAUUCAGGUAUGUAUAUCCCCGUUUCGUUCCGUUUGCUUCCGUUUAAGAAAAGUUUUUCAACAGAAUUGGCGGAAUGAAUACACCCUUGAUCACGCGUAAACACAGUUCACUUUCAUAGCAGCCAUGCUGUAUUCCUUCUCGUAUCUAUACACUCUCCUCCUCUCACCUUUUCCCUUUGCACAUCAGCUGUAUGUGACCAGGCAAAGAAAAACUUUCCAAGCCAAGCCAUAUCAUAACCGCUACACACAGCCUAGAUCUUUGUCACCAUAUUAGCUAAAGUAAUGUCAUAGUCAACAUAGCUAAUAGAACUAAUGCGUUAGUAAACCCGCUACAAUCAUGCAGUAACAUUAGUGUACAGUCAAGUAAGCAGUUUAGCACUUACACCAGUGGGCCCCGGUGGCAAUAAAUUAGUAAAACUAAAAGCUUACCUUGACUUGGAGGAGUUCCAGUGUUGUGUUGGAUAGUCAUAGCCAGCUAGCUAACAUAGCAUCCCUCUGUUUGAGAAGGGUGUUUGAGUAGGCUAAACUCUCUAGCUGCAUUUGCUACCUAAGUAAGUAAAACUGAACAGAUUUUAAAAAAUGACAAAAUCGCUCUCUUGCUUCCCCUUCAUUUUGGAAGAAAUUGAUUAGUUCAAAACAGCUCAACUACUGUCUUUCUCUCUCUUUGAGUCAACGACUCACCACAUUUUAUGCACUGCAGUGCUAGCUAGCUGUAGCUUAUGCUUUCAGUACUAGAUUCAUUCUCUGAUCCUUUGAUUGGGUGGACAACAUGUAAGUUCAUGCUGCAAGAGCUCUAAUAGGUUGGAGGAAGUCAUAAUUACUGUGUAAGUCUAAGGGAGGGGGUGAGAACCAUGAGCCUCCUAGGUUUUGUAUUGAAGUCAAUGUACACAGAGGAGGAAGGAAGCUAGCUGUCCUCCAGCUACACCAUGGUGCUACCCUACAGAGCGUUGUUGAGGCUACUGUAGACCUUCAUUGCAAAAAAUUGCGUUUUAAUAAAUUAUUUGGUGACGUGAAUAUAUUUAGUAUAGUUUUAUCUAAAAAGGAUAACUUUUUUAAUGUUUUACUAUUUUUAUGAAAUUCACUGAGGAGGAUGGUACUCCCCUUCCUUCUCCGAGGAGCCUCCACUGGACUACAACUACUGCUAUUUGAAUGCUAGUCUCAUCUUUUUUAAUCUAACCACUUUUUAUUCUCAAUAAUGGCCUCACCUACCAACAUAUCUGCCUAGCCUGCUUCAUUUCCUCUUCUGCCGGGCAAUCUUAAAGUUGCAGUAACUCACUGAUUUAUCUCUUUAUCAAUGGCAGUCUGUUGCCGCCAAUGUAGCAAAAAGAUAGAAGAUGAUAUGCAACCAAUGCAUUGAAUUCAUGUUUCAUGGUUUAGAUAGUAAACAACUAGAGUCAUAUUACUUAAUGUGUGUGUGUGUGUGGUGGGAGGGGGGUGGAACGCAAUGGUCAAUGAAAACACUUUUAGAUUGCUCAAACACAGAAAGCAACAAUAUUUGUUACAUUCUUUGUCUUCUCCAGACAAACCAUGCUAGUCACCGUGGCAGCCCCACCUUGCUUCCCUCCACAUCCUGCUCUCUUCCUCCUGACCUGUCUCCUGUGGGUGUUCCCAGCUCAGAGCCAUGCUGGCAACAUCCUGGUGUACCCUGUGGACGGCAGCCAUUUGCUCAACAUGGACAUCCUCCUACAAGAGCUGCACCAGCGGGGGCACUCUUUAACGGUGGUCCGCUCGUCUACGAGCUGGUACGUCCCUGAACAUGCCCCCCACUGCUCCUCCGUCACAGUGCCGGUGCCCGGGGCCAGCAGCCUGGAGGACCCACAGUACAUGGCAUACUUCAUUAAGAGGAGCCUGGAGAUAUGGACACGAGAGCGCUCCAUUUUGUCCUUCAUCAAGCUACAGAAGGAGACUAUUAAUUUGCUGAAAUGGCCCUCUUAG